AUGGCAGCAGAAUUUGUUGGUGGUGCUCUUCUUUCUUCUUUCCUUCAGGUUGUUUUUGAUAGGCUGGUUUCUCGUCAGGUUUUGGAAUACUUUCGUGGAAGAAAACUCGAUGAGAAGCUACUGAACAAGUUGAAGGUGAAGCUACGGUCCAUUGAUGCUCUGGCUGAUGAUGCAGAACAAAAGCAGUUCAGGGAUCCAAGGGUGAGAGAGUGGCUUGUUGCUGUCAAAGAUGCUGAUACACCUAUAAAUAGAAUGAAUGCAACGAAGAAAGAGGAUCUGUUGGAUGAAAUAGACUAUGAAAUCAACAAAUGGGCUGUGGAGAAUGAUUCUGAAUCUCAAACCUGUACCUGCAAGGAAUCGAGUUUCUUCCAAACAUCUUUCAGUUCAUUUAACAUGAAAAUUGAAUCAAGGAUGAAACAAGUCCUUGCUGACCUUGAAUUUCUCUCAAGCCAAAAGGGUGAUCUUGGUUUGAAAGAGGCUAGUGGUCUUGGGGUUGGAUCAGGUAGUAAAGUGUCACAGAUAUUGCCAUCAAAAUCUUUGGUGACUGAAACUGUCAUUUAUGGAAGAGAUAAUGACAGAAAUUAUCCUUAA